AUGGCCCGCGUCAGCGUCAUUCCUGCACUUCCAGUAUCACCAACCUCUAGCGACGCCUUGGAAUGGAGCUUCCCUUCCUACCUGGAGUCUGAGAUAACCACCCUGGCCGCCUGGUGUCAAGUCCAGCAGCAGCAGCAGAGGGUGCCCCUUUCUUCUUCCGCCGAGGACAGUGAUGAUGAUCUGGAUGAGUCGACUGACGACGAAAAAUGUACCAAUCUGCUCAUUCCACCAUCCCUAGAUGGCGACACGGGAAUUAAAAAGGACUUUCUCGACCGACUCGCCGAGCUACUUUGCUAUAGGAAAGACCCUUCAUUGAUCACGAGCACGGCGUUGAUCUAUAGUGAGAGGGAGGCGACUAUUGUGGCUGCUCGAAACUCGACCUCGGGCGGGAAAACUUGGUCGGACAAGGAUGUCAAGAUGCUCGAGUACUUGGCCGGAGUGCUCGAGAGAAUUUCGGCUGAUGACAUUUUCGAGUCUCACCCGCUUCCAGCGCUGCAGAGCACCUUGGUGGAUUAUUACGCUCAAAGAAUUCGGCACCACGCAAAAAUUGUCAUGUCUGUCGAAAAGGGGACCACAGGAUUGAAGUUCUUCAAAGACGGCGCGUGUAAUGGCGUUGUGUCUGGCCAUCUAGGUGUACACGACUUUGCCAGGGAUGUUGAGGCCAUAUCCUAUAGUACGGACUUUUACACGGAACUGAAGGCCAACCUGACACCCAACAAGCUUCGUCGCGUCGUGGAGGAAUUGGCGCAUAUUCGAAGGCCAAUGCAAGGUGCAGAAGCUUUUUUGCAUGUCGCUCAGCAAUGCCCUGGCUUUCGCAAUGUUAAAAUCGUCUUGCUCAAUAGUCUCCCGGCAAGGAAAGUCAAGACAUGGGCGUUACCCAAGGAAGACUUUUCGCUCACACCGCAGCUAGAACCGAAAUUCCAGAAAGAAGUUGAGAAGCACAAGAAUCUCCAUGCCGAGAUGGUGCUGAUGGCCUACCUUCUUGGCCGCAAGGGUCUCUACUCGGAAGUCUUCCCGUAUCUUGGGGUCAGCAAAAAGACGUGCCUUCUUUGCGGGCACUUGCUUCGGGAAAUAGGCUUUUUCGAAACUCGAGGGAACCACGGGAAGUGCUAUUCGCAAUGGGCAUUCCCCCAUACUCUACGGACGAACCCUGAGGUAGCCGAGAGACUACAGACGGCUGUUCAGCGUCUAAGAGACAUUCUUUGGGAUGAAGGAAUAAAGCGCGACGUGUCUCACCACGAUGCAGAGAAGGAAUCGGUGAUGGCGGCCCCGGUUCCGCCCAGCUAUGCGAGGAAGACGACGCUUUUUAAUAGCAUGGUUGAGGACCCUAGACUUCUUACGAGAGAGACUGAGUGGUUGGCUAUGUUUCGAAAGCGCGACAGAGAAGCCAACAACGACAGAAGCUUUGUUAAGCCCUCUCAUCCACGAGAUGGCGCCAGUGCACCAAAUGUUAAUACUGGAGGCCUCAAAGGAAAGAAAGCCGAUGCUGCUAGUCCAGCAGUCUGCGCUUUCUGCAAAGCCACCUGCAAACUCGCCCAUAUUUGUAAAAAGUGUGGGGUUACCGCCCACUGUACUCUCGAUUGCUACCGUUCCGACUGGCAUCGACACAAAUUCUCCUGCAGCUUGGGAAGACCAAUCGACGCCACGGAUUACUUGGUGCUCGCUUGUCACGCAAACGAGUUUCCCCUUGAAGACGAUGCAGCGAACAAGUACGGCUUUAUGUACUUUGCUUCCGGGCAUGACCGGUGGAGGCUCUUCAAGCUUUACCGCCGGCUUGUAGUCAACUGGAGCAUUGACGAGGACGAGCUGCGCAGUGCGGUUGAGCAGGACAGGCUUAAAGAGAUGCUUACGUUUCGAUGCUUGCAAACUAGGGACCCUGGCAUGCUGAGAGACAUGCAGUGGCUGAAGAGCGAGGAGGGAUUUGGAACCAAAGGCAAGGGGCCGGGCCUUGCUGCUACCUUCGAGGCGGCUCAGAGGGAGCUGUUAAGUCCUGACGAACAAAAGGUGCCGAUCGUCAAACUUCAGCCUCUAGAAAAGCGAAACGCGCUUGUCUUCUACGCCCAGAUCCGCAAUGGAUUCAAGCCCGAUGUGGAUGAGGACAACUGGAUCUCAUUGGGCUUUUGUACAGCUGCGGGCCCCGAAUCAGAACAGCAAAUCGCUUCCGCAUAUGGAUCACUUGUCGAGCGAUGCUCGUUUGAUGAAUUCUGGAAUGCCAUGGUGGAGUCCAAAAUGGUGGAAUUGUUUAGGAAAUAUGGGCUUGCGGACCGAAUCCUGCGCAUGCGCAAUUUCAAGGACUUCAUGGCCAUUGUAAAGAAAUGGCAUCAGAGCGUGUGGGAGCUCAAGCGAUUCACACGCAUGAACGUGGCUGAUCCGUUCCGAGCCGUUGUGGUGGACUACGGAUUCAUGAACUGCGAGGAUGCACGCCAACGGAUGCAGCUUCGAGACAUAUACCAAGAAUACUUUAAACGGGGAGAGGAUGAGAUGAGACUCCAUGAGGCAUGCGUUGCCGGAAAAGUGGGGAGCUUCCUCGAGUCGGUCUUGGGAAGCCUUGCGGUGCACUCGGACCUUCUUCGGAAUCCUUAUCCCUUGGAAAACCGCCCUAUAAUGGGCAUGGUGCCGAGUUCUGUUAUAGUGUGCCCAGAGUCUGCUUUGGGCCAGGUAAAUGCUUUUGAGAGGGGUGAUGGGGAGGAGGUAAUGGUAAUUCCGGAUGCUGAGGACGAGGCGAUGAUCAGAUGGCUUCACGAUCGUGCUGCGUUUCUAGGGACAGGACUGAGGAAGCGGUAUUAUUCCGGAUCAGACGGCAAAGUUAUCACGCAGUUGGCGUUGUAG